GAGAUAGGAGAGAGGUUUACCUGUCCGGGUAACCUGGGGAGCCUUGCAUUAUUAAUUUCUGGGGUAAUACAGCCACCACAAAAACUCCAACUUCAGUCAUGGCAGCGACAUUAACGCGUUCCGUACUCAAGAGGAGGAUUCCUCUUCGGAUGGGACGAAUGAGUUACUCGUCAUCUGUGCCAACCACCAAGCUGUUUAUUGAUGGAAAGUUUGUAGAGUCCAAGAGUUCAGAAUGGUUAGACAUUCACAAUCCUGCCACCAAUGAGGUAAUUGGUCGAGUCCCUAAGGCCACACAGGAGGAGAUGCUAGCUGCUGUGAACUCAUGCUCGCGUGCCUUUCACUCCUGGUCUGAGACGUCCAUUCUGACACGCCAGCAGAUUUUCCUCCGCUACCAGCAGCUUAUUAAAGACAACAUUAAAGAGCUGGCUAAGCUGAUCACUCUGGAACAGGGUAAAACACUGGCAGACGCUGAGGGUGACGUGUUCAGAGGAUUGCAGGUGGUAGAGCAUACAUGUAGCAUCACAUCUCUCAUGCUGGGAGAGACUCUGCCCUCUAUCACUAAAGAUAUGGACACCUACACAUACCGGCUACCCAUUGGUGUCUGUGCUGGCAUUGCCCCUUUUAACUUUCCUGCCAUGAUCCCUCUUUGGAUGUUCCCUAUGGGUAUGGUGUGCGGUAACACAUACUUGAUGAAGCCUUCAGAGCGAGUUCCUGGAUGUGCUAUGAUGCUGGCUAAACUACUGCAGGAUGCUGGAGCUCCAGAUGGCACCCUCAACAUCAUUCAUGGCCAACAUAAUGCUGUGAACUUUAUCUGUGAUCAUCCUGCUAUAAAGGCUAUCAGCUUUGUGGGUUCCAACCAGGCUGGAGAGUACAUCUAUGAGAGAGGCUCCAAACAUGGCAAGAGAGUUCAAUCCAACAUGGGUGCAAAGAACCAUGGUGUGGUAAUGCCAGAUGCUAAUAAGGAGAACACAUUGAACCAGCUGGUGGGCGCUGCAUUCGGAGCAGCUGGCCAACGGUGCAUGGCACUUUCCACUGCCAUCCUGGUAGGAGAGGCCCGCAACUGGCUGCCUGAACUAGUGGAGCGUUCUAAAAACCUACGUGUUAAUGCAGGUGACCAGCCAGGUGCAGAUGUUGGACCCCUGAUCACCCCUCAAGCCAAGGAACGUGUCAACUCAUUGAUCCAGAGCGGAAUUGAUGAAGGUGCCUCUCUGCUGCUCGAUGGCAGGAAUGUAAACGUCAAAGGUUAUGAGAAGGGCAACUUUGUGGGACCCACCAUCAUCAGUAAUGUAACAACAGACAUGCAGUGUUAUAAGGAAGAGAUCUUUGGGCCUGUACUGGUGGUGUUAGAGGUUGACACCUUGGACGAAGCUAUCGAUAUUGUCAAUAAAAACCCAUAUGGCAACGGAACCGCCAUCUUUACCACCAAUGGAGCUGUAGCUCGCAAAUACACCCAUGAUGUGGAUGUUGGCCAGAUUGGAGUGAAUGUUCCAAUCCCAGUUCCCCUGCCCAUGUUCUCCUUCACUGGCUCCAGAGGCUCUUUUAGAGGUGAUACCAACUUUUAUGGCAAACAAGGCAUCCAGUUCUACACACAGAUCAAAACCGUUACUUCGCAGUGGAAGGCAGAGGAUGCUACAGUUAAGUCUCCAGCGGUUACCAUGCCAACCAUGGGACGUUAAGUUGCAAUAUACCCAUGAAAAGUGUGUGAAAGACCGUAUAGGGGGACAUUUUCGAAUGAUGCCUUAAUGUUUAGUGAGAUUACUUCAAGUGAUUUGGCUUUCAUAGCUUUAGAAACACUCAUUUAGAUCCACAGAUCAGUGUAAGUGAUUAAUGGGGCCCUAUUGUUUGUUGGUUUUCUGACAACAUUAAACCUAUUUUGUUUUACUCCAAACUGUUUUCCAUGUUAUUGCCAACCAGCAUUACCAGAUAUGUCCACUUUAUUCUCACUUGCAGUGGUAUUCACAUUUGUCAGCAGACUGCAGAAAUUUGACAGCCUCCAGACUUUUCCAUGGAGCUGAAUGAAGAAUUAAUAGUUUUCCAUUUAUUAUUCAGUAGUUUUGCCCUUCCAUUACACUUUAGGCUUUAGUGUCUGAAUUUUGUAAUGCAUUUUAAUCAGUUCUCAGUACUGAUAAAGCACAACAAUGCUGAAACAGAAAGCAUUUAUUUAACACUGGCAUGUUAUUUUUAUUCAUGUAAAGGUUUGUCAUUACAUUUCUCUUCUAACAUCAGUUUGCAUGAAGGUCACUUGUAAUUACAGAAGGUUUUCUGAAUGUAAGAGCUAAAUAAACUUGACUGUGUGAUCAUCAACUACUUUAA